AUUGAACAUCAUGGCUUCAGCUCCUCCACUCACACGGUCAGACUCAGCUCGCGGGGAGUUCUCCCCCCUGAAGCAUUUUGUUGUCGCCAAGAAGAAGAUAAGUGAUGUGUUUGAACAACUACUCAACUAUGUGAAAGAGACCUCGGAGUUUGUAGAAGAAACCUGUGGGAACAAAGCUUUGGAGAACAUAGCGAGUCAGGAUCAGAAGUUGGAGAUUCAGGCAUAUGCUGAGAAACUGGCUAUAAUCAAGGAGGUGCUGGCACGUAGACACAUGAAAGUGGCCUUUUUUGGCAGGACCAGUAAUGGUAAAAGCACUGUGGUCAACGCCAUGCUGAGGGACCGUGUGCUGCCUAGCGGGAUUGGCCACACGACCAACUGCUUCCUGAGCGUGGAGGGCACCGAUGAAGACAAAGCUUAUCUCAAGACGGAGGGCUCCGAAGAGGAGAAGAGCAUCAAGACUGUGAACCAGCUGGCUCAUGCACUCCACAUGGAUGAGAGUUUGGAUGCGGGCUGUCUCGUCCGUGUGUUCUGGCCCAAGACCAAGUGUGCUCUGCUUCGAGAUGACCUGGUGCUUGUAGACAGCCCGGGGACAGAUGUCACAACACAGCUGGACAGUUGGAUUGACAAGUUUUGCCUGGAUGCUGACGUCUUUGUGCUGGUGGCCAACUCUGAAUCUACACUCAUGAACACGGAAAAACACUUUUUCCACAAAGUAAAUGAACGCCUGUCAAAGCCCAACAUCUUCAUCCUCAACAACCGCUGGGACGCCUCAGCAAACGAGCCAGAGUACAUGGAGGAUGUGAGGAAGCAGCACACAGACCGCUGUGUGGACUUCCUGGUUGAAGAGCUGAAGGUUGUGGAUCGUGACCAGGCUCCAAACCGCAUCUUCUUUGUCUCUGCCAAAGAGGUGCUCAACUCUCGUAUGCAGCGGGCGCAGGGCAUGCCUGAAACAGGUGGCGCUCUGGCUGAGGGCUUCCACGAGAGACUGAAGGAGUUCCAGAACUUUGAGAGGAGGUUUGAGGAGUGUAUCUCGCAGUCAGCAGUGAAAACAAAGUUUGAGCAGCACACUAUCAGGGCCAAGCUGAUCACAGAAAAAGUCAAGAGCAUCAUGGACGCCAUCAACAUUGAGGCGGCAGAGAAGAGAGUGGCAGCGCUGGAGGACAGAGAGUAUCAGAUGGAUCGGCUGGAGUUUGUUAAGAAUCAGCUUAACCUGCUGAUUAAUGAUAUCAAGAAGAAAAUCAAGGCCAUCAGUGAGGAUGUCGAGUCAAAGGUAUCUUGCGCCAUGGGAGAAGAGAUCUGCCGCCUUCACGUAAUCGUUGAUGAGUUCCGUGCCGACUUCCACCCAUCACCACAUGUCCUCAAGAUCUACAAGACUGAACUGCUCUCUCAUGUGGAGGAGGGGAUGGGUAAGAACCUGGCUUUCCGCUGCUCUGACGCCAUCAACGCUUCUGUCCAGUCCUCUCAAGGAUUCAUGAUAGAGAGCAUGCUCCCUCUGCUCCCCUCUACGGUCCAGAACCAAGUCAGCAUGCUGGUGCCCAACAGGAAGUUUGACCUGAGCUAUGACCUUAACUGCGCCACACUGUGCAGUGACUUCCAGGAGAACAUAGAGUUUCAGUUUUCUUUGGGCUGGACAUCAGUGGUCCACCGCUUUUUGGGAUCUGUCAACGCACAGAGAGCGCUCAAAUUGGUGGACCAGAACUUCCAGACCUCUCGACCAGCACUGCCCCUGGCUUCUACACCAUCUUCGGGGCCCCCCUCUACUAUAUCCCAACCCACCAACAACGAGACAGCCCUCAUGACCCAGGAGGACCUGAUGGUAGCCAUGGCAACCAAUGUAGCAUCUCUAACUUCCCGCACUUCAAUGAGCGUCAUCAUCGUAGGGGGAGUGGUGUACAGAGCUGUCGGCUGGAGGCUGAUUGCCCUCUCAGCCUCUAUGUAUGGCUUGCUGUACCUGUACGAGAGACUAACCUGGACCACUAAGGCGAAGGAACGCUCUCUGAAGCGCCAGUUUGUGGACUAUGCAACAGAGAAGCUGCAACUCAUCGUCAGUUUUACCAGUGCAAACUGUAGCCACCAGGUCCAACAGGAGAUGGCUACGACCUUUGCUCGGCUAUGUCAGCAGGUGGACCAGACACAGAAAGAGCUGGAGGCAGAAAUCCGCCAACUGACAGCCAAGAUAGACCAGCUGGAGACGGUCCAGAGCCAAUCCAAGUGCUUGCGACAUAAAGCUACAGAGCUAGAGAGACAGUUGGAGGCAUUUACAAACCAGUACCUGCAGCCUCAGCAGUGAGCUGCUCCUCUUCAUCGCUCCACAGUUUGGUUCUCUUUGAGCCAAUCAUUCUUCCGUCAGGCGACACCCGGCCUCCUCAUCAUCUGAACUACACCAGAGUUUCUGUGUGGACAUUAAUGCUGUAAAGACAGAGGGAUUUGUGGAUUGAUCUAUCAUCCUUAUACAGAAAUCAAUAUUUUGAUAAUCAACAACAAGGAAAGUCAUUUUUCCUGCAAGAAAUACCAAACUUCUGUUACUUCUCAAAUGAGAGGAUUUUGGACCUAUUGUGUUAUUUGUAAAAAAAAAAAAAUAAUCAAUUUUAUUUUGUUGUUUUUCUUUGAUUUGUUUUUUUGUCACACCAUUACACCAAUUUAAAUACAUUUUUGGUAACUAAAUGGCCACAUGUUGUUAAUUUAGACGUUUUAUAGACCAAUCAAUGACAAUUUGCGAGUGAAUCAACAAUGGGAAUAUUCAGUUACUCUCCCUCGCGGAAACAACAGUAUUUUUCUCUCCUUCCCGCCUCAGCCAGCCAAGUGUUUGGAAAAUAAAUAAUUGAAGAAAUUGUAAAACAAAACUGCCUGAGAAUUGAAGAAAGUUGGGCUCACUCUGUACAGAUGCACUGUGAGGUGGCGUUUAUGAUCUCUAGGUGUGAAAGCUGCCGCUCAGGUGCUAUAUUUUGACACUAAUGUGCUUCUAACUGUGAAUAUGCCUUUUUUUUGACAAACUUGUGGAGCAAAUGAAGUUUGUAUGUGUGUAAGAUUGGAACUCUUAUCUGUCCAGCCACAUGAUCUGCUGUAUGUAAGCAACAGAAGUCAUAUAUAUUUAAUAAUAAAUGAGAAGCCGUUUGUUUUUCUGGUC